ACCAUAUUAUAAGCUCACAUAAAAGGGCCUCCAGAAAAAGCAGAACCCUAGGAAGUGUUAUCAGUGUUUGGAGAGUUGGAGUUUGUUUCAGGCUGAGGCAAUGACACGACCUUUCGGUGUGAAGGGGAAGAAGCGCAAGCACUCCCAAUCCAAACAGAACUCAGAAGAAGAACACCCACAACCGCCACCAAAGAAAGUUGUUGUCGCCAAAGAGAGCAAAGAACCAUCAUCACCACCACAACCAGAAUCUGCACCAACAGAAGAAGAUGAAGUGAAAGUUGUUGCCGCCGAAGAGAGCAAAGAACCAUCACCACAACCAGAAUCUGUGCCAACAGAAGAGGAUGAAUUGAGUGGUAUCCCAAUUGCUCCUAGUGAGAAAGAAAGUACCAAACCUAAUGUCAUAUUCAUUCUGGAAAGAGCUUCUCUUGAAGUCGCCAAAGUCGGCAAGACAUAUCAGCUUUUGAACUCUGAUGACCAUGCCAAUUUUCUUCGCAAAAACAACAAGAAUCCUGGAGAUUAUAGGCCGGACAUUACUCAUCAAUCUCUUUUAUCUAUUCUGGAUAGCCCAUUGAAUAAAGCUGGAAGAUUGAAAAAUGUUUAUAUCAAAACGGAGAAAGGUGUUCUUAUCGAGGUUAAGCCGUUUGUUCGAAUUCCUAGAACAUUCAAACGUUUUGCUGGUGUUAUGUUGGAACUGCUUCAAAAGCUGAGCAUAUCUGCUGCUGGCAAGCGCGAGAAACUCCUCCGAACAAUAAAAAAUCCAGUGACACAGUAUUUGCCUGUCAACUCACGAAAAAUAGGUCUAUCAUAUAGUUCAGACAAGCUUGUAGAUAUGGAUGAUUAUGUAUCAAAGAUUCCCAGCAAUAUGGACCUUGUUUUUGUGGUAGGAGCAAUGGCCCAUGGGAAGGUUGAGACAGAUUAUACAGAAGAUUACAUAGCAAUUUCUGGGUACCCUCUAAGUGCUGCUUAUUGUAUUACAAGGAUUACUGGUGCCCUUGAGAGAAAGUGGAAGAUUUUGUGAAACGAUUUACUAAUUCGAGUUCCACAGUCAAUUUAUGUAAUAUCAGGGUAGGGUCUUGUCUUAGCAGACAUAUAGGAAAUACAAUAUAAGUUAUUUUUUCCUGAGGUAUUUUUAGGACCAGAUCGAUGUUUCACUACUGUAUUUGAAUUAAAUGUUUAAUGUAUUAUUUUGCUAGAGGAAGCUUUCUUAACAGAGCUAGAUUUCGAUGUUGCUUAUUUGCUCUGA